AUGGGUGGCUUUUUUAAAUAUGCUGAUUGUGCCGACAAGUUGCUGAUGUUUCUUGGUAUUUUGGGCUGCUUGGGAGAUUCAUUGGCCGAUCCAUUAGCCAUGUCUGUUCUGAGUGUAGCCAUAGACGCAUUCGGAAGUGCUGAUCAGUCUAUUGCCAAAGGGGCGGUGCACAAGUAUGCACUCCAGCUUCUGUAUGUUGCUCUUGGAGCUGGAUUCUCUUCUUUCCUCGAAGGAGUUUGUUGGACAAGAACUGCUGAGAGGCAAACAUCUCGUAUACGGACAAAAUACUUAAAAUCGGUCCUUAGACAAGAAGUUGGUUUCUUUGACAACCAAGAUGCUUCAUCUACCACUUUUCAAGUUGUCUCAAACAUUUCUGCUGAUGCCCACUCGAUUCAAGAUGCUAUAGCUGAAAAGAUACCAACCUGUCUGGCUCAACUCUUCGCUUUCAUGUUUAACCUAAUAGUUGCCUUCCUACUUUCAUGGAGACUCGCAUUGGCGUCACUACCAUUCGCAGUCGGGUUUAUAGCCCCAGGGGUAGGGUUCGGAAUAUAUAUGAUGGAUCUAGGAAUCAAGAGUAAGGAUGCUUAUGGUGUUGCAGGUAGUAUUGCGGAACAAGCAAUAUCAUCUAUUCGAACUGUAUAUUCUUAUGUUGGUGAGCACCAAACACUCAAUAGAUUUAGCCAUUCUCUUCAUGAAAGUAUGAACGUUGGGAUAAAGCUAGGACUGGUGAAGGGGUUGUUGAUAGGAAGCAUGGCAACAAUUUUUGCAACUUGGGCAUUUCAAUCUUGGUAUGGGAGCAUUCUUGUCACUGAAAGAGGAGAAAGUGGUGGCCAUGUUUCCGUAUCAGCUAUAUGUAUCAUCCUUGCAGGAAUGUCAUGUAUGACAGCACUCCCUAAUCUCCCAUUUAUCACAGAGGCAUCAACUUCUGCAAAAAGAAUUUUUGAGAUGAUUGACCGUAUCCCUCAAAUAGACUCUGAAAAUGCCGAAGGGAAAAUUUUAGCAAAUGUAAGAGGGCAAAUUGUGUUUAGAAAAGUUCAUUUUAGUUAUCCAUCAAGAAAGGAUACGUUUAUCCUCCACGGUUUCAAUCUUCUCAUAGAAGCUGGUAAGACAGUCGGUCUUGUGGGAGGAAGUGGUUCAGGAAAAUCAACUAUUGUUUCAUUGCUCGAAAGGUUUUAUGAUCCCGUCUUAGGAAAUAUACUACUUGAUGGGCACAGAAUAAAAGACCUCCAUCUGAAAUGGUUAAGAUCUCAAAUAGGGUUGGUUAAUCAACAGCCAAUUCUCUUUGCUACAUCCAUAAAGGAGAAUAUCCUGUUUGGGAAGGAAGAUGCUACAAUGGAACUGGUAAUAAGUGCGGCAAAGGCUGCAAAUGCACACGACUUCAUCGAAAGUUUACCAGUAGGAUAUGAAACUCAAGUGGGAGAGUUUGGCGUCCAGUUAUCAGGAGGGCAAAAGCAAAGGAUAGCAAUAGCACGGGCUUUGCUUAAAGAUCCAAGAAUCCUUUUACUUGAUGAAGCUACUAGUGCAUUGGACGCACAGUCUGAAAGCGUAAUACAGGCAGCCAUUGACAAGGCUUCUCUAGGAAAAACAACUAUUGUUAUUGCUCAUCGCCUCACCACAAUCCGUAAUGUCGACAAGAUUGUCGUACUUCAAUCUGGGAGAGUUGUUGAAUUAGGGUCUCAUGAUGAGUUGAUGCAAAUUAAUAACGAGGAAGGUGGAGUUUACUCUGAAAUGGUGAAAGUGCAGCAAUCGGCAAUACAGAAUAAGCCUCCUUAUAGUCCAACUCACCCGAUUGAGGGAAGAUACUGUAAGAAGACAACAUAUUCCCACAGUCCCAUGUCCCCUUUCAGCUUAAGCACUCAAAACGGGGCUGCUCUUGCCAUUCACUCUGAGGUUCCAACAGCUCAGAAUAGUCCCACAUCCACUUAUAACCAUUAUUAUCAAAAUAAUCUUGAUAAAUUGCAGAGUUAUUCUCCAAGUCAUUGGCGCUUAUUUCAAAUGAAUGCACCAGAGUGGAAGAGAGCCUUGCUUGGAUGCAUAGGAGCUGUUGUCUUUGGUGCAAUCCAGCCAAUUCAUGCCUACUUCAUGGGUGCAAUGGUCUCAUUAUACUUCUUAGAUGACAGCUCAAAAAUAAAAUCCCAGACCAGAUUGUACUGCAUCAUCUAUCUAUGUCUAGGCUUUGUCAGCUUCUUUGCUAGUAUACUCCAGAAUUACAAUUUUGCAAUCAUGGGAGAAAGAUUAACUAAGAGGGUUCGGGAAAAAUUUCUCGAGAAUAUUCUUACUUUUGAGGUAGGAUGGUUUGAUCAUAGUGAGAAUACAAGUGCCGCAGUUUGUACAAUGUUGUCGACUGACGCCAAUAUAGUUCGAUCUCUUGUUGGAGAUCGCAUGUCAUUAGUGGUUCAGGCCUUUACAACUGUUGCCCUUGCCUUUUUACUGGGACUAAUCGUGGCAUGGAGAGUUGCAAGCGUAACGAUGGCGAUACAACCUUUUAUUAUUGCCAGCUUCUACUUGAAAAGUGUUAUGAUGAAAAAAAUGUCGGAAAAUGCCAAAAUAGCGCAAAAUGAAGGAAGCCAACUAGCAAGUGAAGCAGUGGUCAAUCACAGGACAAUCACUGCAUUUUCUUCUCAAAAACGAAUUCUCGAUCUCUUCGCAGCAACACUGAAGAGCCCUCGAAAUCAAAGCAUAAAACAAUCAUGGUUUUCUGGAGUAGGCUUGUUUACCUCCCAAGUCCUAAAAACAGCUUCUGUAGCUUUGACAUUUUGGUAUGGUGGGACUCUAAUGAACAAGGGAACAUUAAGAGCAAAUGAUCUGUUUCUGGUUUUCUUUAUUUUGAUGAGUACCGGCAAGAAUGUAGCAGAUGCUGGAACCAUGACAUCAGAUUUGUCAAAAGGUAGCGAUGCUGUCAAAUCUACUUUUGCAAUCCUCGACAGGAAAAGCAAAAUUGAGCCUAACAACCCUGAAGGUUCCAAGAUUAAACAACCAAUGAGGGGCAAGAUAGAAUUAAAGAAUGUUUGCUUUUUGUAUCCCUCCAGGCCCGAACAGCUGAUUUUCGAGGAUCUUAGUCUCAAGAUUGAAGCUGGAAUAACAGUGGCUAUUGUAGGACAGAGUGGUUCAGGCAAAUCCACUAUUUUCAGUUUGAUCGAGAGAUUCUAUGAUCCAAUAAAAGGAUCAGUUCUUAUAGACGACCACGAUGUCAAAAGCUACAACUUGAGAGACUUGAGAUCACAUAUUGCACUUGUGAGUCAAGAACCAACUCUUUUUGCAGGAACCAUCUAUGAAAAUAUAGUUUAUGGCAAAGAAAACACUACAGAAGUUGAAAUCAAAGAAGCUGCAAUUCUGGCAAAUGCUCAUGAAUUUAUAAGUUCAAUGAAGGAUGGAUAUCAAACUUACUGUGGUGAGAGAGGAGUCCAACUUUCGGGGGGACAAAAGCAGCGGAUUGCACUAGCACGGGCAAUUCUGAAGAACCCAUCAAUCCUUCUCCUGGAUGAAGCAACUAGUGCCUUGGAUAGUUUGUCCGAGAAUCUAGUCCAAGAAGCAUUGGAGAAAAUGAUGGUCGGGAGGACUUGUGUGAUUGUAGCUCAUCGUUUAUCGACAAUACAGAAGGCAGAUUGCAUCAUCGUGAUCAAGAAUGGAAAGUUUGUGGAGGAAGGAUCCCAUCAUGAACUACUUGCUAUCGGAGAUCAUGGAGCAUACUAUUCAUUAAUCAUGUCACAACGAGGCCACACUUUAGCGAGCCACGAGUAA